GGGAGACCGCGUGGAGCGCAAGACAGUUCCCAGGGCAUCGCGGCGUCCCUGGCAGCGCUUGGCUGUUGCAGGGCUGUGAGCCGGAGAACAACGCUUCGGGGCGUCUGUGCGUGCGCGCGUGCGGGACCUUGGUUGGCCUCAGACCUCAAGGGUCUUGUCCGGGGGCGGUUCCUGAUCCCCCAUAUAGUGCCCGCUAACUUUGAAAAGGAGGACUUAUGUCCUGCAAAGGUUGAGACAUAAGGGGUAGGGAAGGAAAAGAGGAGAGAAAACGCAACUGAGGCCGAAGGAGAAGGAACUAAUGUGAACCUCCUGAGCAGCUGGGAGGAGGACUGGACCGCGGAGAACCGGGCGGGACCUCGGAGGUGCGGGGCAAGGAGCAACGGAAGCGGUGCGGGCCGUGGCGCUCGGGCUUCUUGCACCUCGGGUCACGCCUCCUUGGCAAGAAGGCGCCUCGCCUUUGAUUGCUUCCAGUUACUGCAGAACUUCCUGCCCUGGCGGAGAAGCAGGUCUUGCUUGGGUCGCGCUCCCUCCCGGUCUGAGGCGUGAGACUGAGUUCACACGGUGCUGGGCCCCCAAAGCCAAGUGGGGUUGGGGGAAACAGAGUCUGCGAGUCCCGGCGCCCUGCGCGUAGGGCCCCGUGUUGGGGGUCCUCCCUCCCUCUGUACCCGCACCCUUGCGGGCUUUGCCCCUUCCUGGGGACCCCUCGCCAGGCGAUGGCCGCGUUGAUGCGGGGCAAGGACUCCUCCCGCUGCCUGCUCCUACUGGCCGCGGUGCUGAUGGUGGAGGGCUCCCAGUUCGGCAGCUCGCGGGCCAAACUCAACUCCAUCAAGUCCUCUCUGGGCGGGGAGACGCCAGCCCAGGCCGCCAAUCGAUCUGCGGGCACAUACCAAGGACUGGCUUUCGGCGGCAGUAAGAAGGGCAAAAACCUGGGGCAGGCCUACCCUUGUAGCAGUGAUAAGGAAUGUGAAGUUGGGAGAUACUGCCACAGUCCCCACCAAGGAUCUUCGGCCUGCAUGGUGUGUCGAAGGAAAAAGAAGCGCUGCCAUAGAGAUGGCAUGUGUUGUCCUGGCACCCGCUGCAAUAAUGGCAUCUGUAUCCCCGUCACUGAGAGCAUCUUAACUGCUCACAUCCCAGCUCUGGACGGCACUCGGCACAGAGAUGGAAACCACGGUCACUACUCAAACCACGACUUGGGAUGGCAGAAUCUAGGAAGAACACACACUAAGAUGUCACAUAUAAAAGGGCAUGAAGGAGACCCCUGUCUACGAUCAUCAGACUGCACUGAAGGGUUUUGCUGUGCUCGUCACUUCUGGACCAAAAUCUGCAAACCAGUGCUCCAUCAGGGAGAAGUCUGUACCAAGCAACGCAAGAAGGGCUCUCACGGGCUGGAAAUCUUCCAGCGGUGUGACUGCGCAAAAGGCCUGUCUUGUAAAGUAUGGAAAGAUGCCACCUACUCCUCCAAAGCCAGACUCCACGUGUGCCAGAAAAUAUGACCACCUCUGAGGGAAGAAAAGCAUCACUAGCAGACUGUGAAUCUGUAUUUAAUACAUUAUAGCAUGGGGGAAAAAAGGAUUUGGAUUUCAGAAGGGCUAAAAUGAGGAAUGUCAUAAGAAUAUAGAUCACAGAAAGAGAAAGAAAAUGGAGAUUAGAAAGGGUGACAAGUGUGGUACAAUCAGUGUGUUUCCACCAUGCACCUUGUUUAUGUAAAUAAUGUAUACAUUUGUGAAAAUGCUAUGACUCAAAAAAAAAAACAAAAAACAGUGAAAUUACUAACGAAUACCAUGUGACUUUCCAGCAGUUUAGGUUGUGCUAGAGGAUCAGUUUCCUUCACAUUGGUGAUUGAUUGCCUAUAAAAAUAACCUAAAAGCCAUAUUUCUCUUUAAAGUUAUACUUUAACAACAAAAUACUCCCCAUAUAUCCUGGCAUACAACAGACUCCAUGAAAAGAGGCGUUGUUAAAUAGGAAACGAAAGCGUGGAGCAGAGUUAAUUUGCAACACAGAAUCACCUUUUAAUUUGGAACACUACUUCUUACCACUCAGUUAAAGACCUUUGUAGAGGAUAAGAAAAAAAGCAGUCGAUAUUUUCCAAAUAAUAUCAAAAUAAUCACAGGUCUUUUGUCUAGUCCUUCAG